CCCCGCCCGCUGCCCUCGUGGAUGCCUCCCGGCGGCGGGCCCAUGACAGACUGCGAGUACAGCCAGAUCAGCACCCACGGCUCUUCGCCCAUGGAGUCGCCCCACUCCAAGAAGAGGAUCGCCGCCCGCAGGAAAUGGGAGGUGUUCCCGGGGAGGAACAAGUUCUUCUGCAACGGGCGGAUCAUGAUGGCCCGGCAGACGGGCGUCUUCUACCUGACGCUCGUCCUCAUCCUGGUCACCAGCGGGCUCUUCUUCGCCUUCGACUGCCCGUACCUCGCGGUGAAGAUCACCCCUGCCAUCCCUGUGGUCGGUGGUAUCCUGUUCUUCUUCGUGAUGGGGACCCUGCUGCGUACCAGCUUCAGUGACCCCGGAGUCCUCCCGCGCGCCACGCCGGAUGAAGCCGCAGACCUGGAAAGACAAAUAGACAUUGCAAAUGGCACCAGUUCCGGGGGGUACCGCCCGCCCCCCAGAACCAAAGAAGUCAUCAUCAACGGCCAGACUGUGAAACUUAAGUACUGUUUCACCUGCAAGAUUUUCCGGCCCCCUCGCGCCUCCCACUGCAGCCUGUGCGAUAACUGCGUAGAACGGUUUGAUCACCACUGUCCCUGGGUAGGCAACUGUGUGGGGAAAAGAAACUACAGAUUUUUUUAUAUGUUUAUUUUAUCCCUGUCUUUUCUGACAGUCUUUAUAUUUGCAUUCGUUAUCACCCACGUCAUCCUUCGUUCCCAGCAAACAGGAUUCCUCAAUGCCCUCAAGGACAGUCCCGCCAGUGUGCUGGAGGCCGUGGUGUGCUUCUUCUCCGUCUGGUCCAUCAUCGGCCUCUCGGGAUUCCAUACGUACCUGAUCAGCUCCAAUCAGACAACCAAUGAAGAUAUCAAAGGAUCUUGGUCAAACAAAAGGGGUAAAGAAAAUUACAAUCCCUACAGCUACGGAAAUAUCUUUACAAAUUGCUGCGUUGCCUUGUGUGGACCCAUCUCUCCAAGCCUCAUUGACAGACGAGGGUACAUCCAGCCUGACACUCCGCAGCCCGCCGCGCCCUCCAAUGGGAUCACCAUGUACGGAGCCACGCAGUCACAGAGUGACAUG